CAUUAUUCUGUCAACUUCUGAAGAGACAAUCUCUGCAGCCAUUUCAGCUUAGAGAAGUUUGACAUCUUCAGGAACAGUCUGCAACAAUGAGGUUUCUAAUCUCAUUGUGCGUGACAGUACUGCUGCUGGAUAAUGCUGAAAGAAUCAAUGGACAAACAUCAGAAGCCACAACUUUGAGUACUGACCCAUGCUUUGAAUACACAGUACUGGAUAACCCAUGGAGAGACAUUCGUGCUGAUCAACAUAGAGAUUAUGAUGACAGCCUUGUUGAAUGGAGUGGCUGGUAUCGGCUGUAUUUGAAUGGAAAAAGUGCUCAGAUGUCUGAGUGGUGUGUGGGUUUCUCAGGAUGUGGUGGUUUUGAAGGACUGUAUCUCAAUGGUUCUCAUCCACAACUUGAAGAUGGGGUGGUGACACGUGAAGUUUUGGGAUUUCAUCCAGGGGGUCAGUGUGAUGAACAUAGUUCCGCCCCCAUCCAAAUCAAAGCCUGUGGAGAUUAUUAUGUCUAUAAACUUGUCAGACCUGAUGAGUCACUCUCUGGUUCAUACUGCGCAGUUGCUUUUGACAGCUAUCAACGAUGAUCCUUGUCACAACUAUCAAUCUCUGGAUAAUCCCUGGAGAGCCACUAAUGAAAGUGGACUUUACCUUUGUCAUGAAUCUUUCCCUUGGAAUGGCUGGUACCGACUUUUCUACAAUGGAAUGGACAUUCGAAUGCCAGAAAGCUGUGUUAAUGUAUACAGCUGUAACGCAAUCCGCAGUCUGUGGCUCACUGGUCCUCACCCACAGAUAGAAGAUGGAGUGGUGAUCAGGGAGGUCUGUGGGGUUGAAGAUUCAGACUGCUGUGGUCGCACUUUUUUCCCCAUCAGGGUCAAAGCCUGUCCAGGAAAUUACUAUGUAUAUGAACUUGUAAAACAAUUCCAUUGUGCAGGUUACUGUAUAGAUGUCAACACUAUAUCACCGACAGUGUCCAUUACAGCUCCAGCUCCAGCUCCAGUAACUGCAUUCGACAUGACUUUGUCAGCUGCAACCAACACAGAUGUUGACCCAUGCAUUGACUACACCAUUCUUGAUGAACAUAAAAGAAGCCCAGAUGAUUUCUUUAAUAUUUAUGAACAUAUGCAUGAAUAUGAUGACACUCGUGUUGAAUGGGAUGGCUGGUAUCGAUUCUACAUUAAUGGAUCGAGUGCUCAGAUGCCUGAGUGGUGUUUCAGUCAUAUGUACUGUGGAGGUUAUAGUCCUCUGUGGCUCGAUGGCCCUCAUCCUCAGCUAGAAGAUGGAGUUGUUACUCGUGACGUCUAUGGCGGUAAUCUUGAAGUGUGCCGUUACUUCAGAUCCAACCCAAUCCAAGUCAAAGCUUGUCCUGGAAAUUAUUAUGUCUACAAACUUGUAAGACCUAAUCGAAUGAUCCCAGCUCCAGCAUAUUGUGCAGUUGUUGUCUCCAGUCCACCAAGUGUUGACCCCUGCUACAGUUAUAACAGUCUGGAUGAGCCGUGGAGAGCAAAUAAAACUUUAACUGAUGAUUACAGCAAUAUAAGAUGUGAUGGUGAUGUCAACUGGAAUGGCUGGUACAGGCUGUUCGUUAAUGGUCAGAGUGCCCAGAUGCCAGAGUCAUGUGUUAGUUAUGGCAUGUGUGGCACAUAUCACGCAAUGUGGCUCAACGGCCUUCACCCACAGCUAGAAGAUGGAGUGGUCACCCGGCACGUCUGUGGUUCCACUUCGAGAGACUGCUGUGGUUACACAUUUCAUCCCAUUCAAGUCAAAGCUUGUCCAGGAAAUUAUUAUGUGUAUGAGUUUAUCAGGCCAAGAUACUGUGCAGCUUACUGUGCAGUCACAAACCCGACAACAAUGUACACAACAGCAGAGGCAAUCCCAGUUACAGAAACCAGUGUUGAAGGAGACCGCUGUUCUGAGCUCAACUGCACUGAGGAUGAACGCUGUGAAGAGGAACAUGGUGUUUACGGCUGUUUCUGCAAGGACAGCCAUAACAGUUCUCAGCUUGGCUCCUUUGAUUUCAUUGAAACCUGUGAAAGCAGCUCUGGCUUCAUGUCUCUGUCUCGCUGUCAGCUCUUUGAGGCUGGUUUUUCUUCUGACAUCUUACACCUCAAUGAUCCCAGCUGCAGAGGAACAGUCCGGAAUGGCAGAGUGGAGUUCUAUUUUGACAACAAUGACCACAUCUGUGGUACAAGUCUUGUGGCCAAUGGCACCCACUUCAUCUAUGAGAACUUUAUUCUGGGGGAUUCUGGAUCUGGGAAUAUAAUCAGCAGGGAAAAAUAUCUGAGGAUCCAUUUCCGCUGUGUGUACUCACAAACCCAAUCACUCACAAUGGACAUCAACCUUCUGGAGAGCAUUGUGCACAGAAUCCUUCCUGCUGGUCAAGGGACCUAUCAGGUCAGGAUGAUUCCCUAUCAGGAUGCUGAAUUCUUACACCCCUACAGUGGGAGUGUGAACGUAGAGCUGAGCAAAAGUAUUUUUGUGGAAGUUCGUGUUGAUGGAGUCGACAGCAGUCAGUUUGCUUCAGUGAUUGACACAUGUUGGGCUACACCUGUGAAUGAUCCCCAUUACUCUGUCCGCUGGGACCUCAUCGUUGACAUGUGUCCCAGUCCAAAUGACAAAGUGGAGCUUCUGCAGAAUGGUGUUUCCACAUCCAGCCGUUUCUCCUUCAGCAUGUUUACGUUCAUUGCAAACUCCGCAAAGGUUUACCUGCACUGCUCUAUUCACCUUUGCCUUCUGUCAGACAAUCGCUGCUCAGUGCACUGUGACUCUGAACAACACGGGAGAAAGGGCAGAUCUGUGGACAUCCAUGAGAGUACUUCCAUAUCCAUGGGUCCAUUGAUGUGGUCUGACCUUAGCAAAGGUGAACAGCUCCCAAACCAAGUGCAGGGUUCCAGGGCUCCAUGUCUGUGUGCUUCUCUGAUGAUGUUACUCAUUUCUAUGAUGAGUGUCCUGAUAUCCUUUUAGAAUAUUUGAACUUGGCAUUCUUCCUGUAAUCUCUUUUUGAUUAAUGUUUUAUAAUCUCAUUUUGGUGAACAUGCUGACUUGUGUUAUUAAAUCUCCUUAUGUUAAAAAUACUAAUUUGCAGAUAUUGUUGAACUGAUUUUAUUUUGAUAAAUGUAACUAGUCUCUGUACUAUGGAAGCUUGUUUCUGCCACUAAAUAAAAAAAAAUGUAAAAGGUAAUUGAGACU